AAUAGGAGCCACUGAAAUCCCGCAGGAGUAUGGAUUCAGAAAACAGUAAACCAUCUGCUAAUGAAACACCUCCACCGAAAACAGAGGAGCAAGCCACUUCGCUCACUAAAGCACUUGAAGCGGCUCCAUUUGUUCCUCAAUCUGUAUCGAAAUCGAUGAAGUCUGAAGCAAUUCCGUUCACACCUUCAGUAUCUUCAUCGUCACAUUCACUCCAUCCAGAAUCUGCCAGCACGAACUUGGUUGUUUUAUCAUUCCUAGAUUCGUAUUCUCCAGUAGCUCUGAGAUCCGCUCAUUCAGUGAACUACCCUUCGGAGGGGUAUGUUGAGAAUUCGUAUCUUUCUGAGACAGUCAUGCGACCUAAUCCCUCAAUGGGGGAAACUCCUUUUCUAACUCAGGUUCGGACCCAGCAAACCUUUUCCACCAUCUUCGUCCCUCGCGAAAUGUCGCGUCAGUUUGAGCGGGAAGCUCGCGAGAUCAUGGCUCAAGAAGCUCCGGACGAUCCUCGCUACAAGCAGAUCCCGCCUUGCUAUUGCUCUAUGCGCGUCUUCGACGACGCGGAGAAGGAAAUGGUGACCGGCUCCUUCGGCUUUCUCACCUCUCUCUACAAAGUGGUGGACGUAACGGACGGGAUGAGCUACGCUUUGCGUCGUGUGGAGCGAGUUCGCACGAACAACGAGAUGGUGGCGAUGGUUUUGAAUGCGUGGAAGCGCGUUCAUCACCCCAACAUCAUCGCUUUGCGCAACUGCUACCUCAGCAACGGCGCUGUUUUCUUCGUCCACGACUUCUACCCCACCGCGACCAGUCUCUACGACUCUUUCCUCAAAAACGUCCUGCCUGGCUCCGCUCCUCUCCCCGAAGACCUUCUCUGGUGCAUCGCCAUCCAGCUGCUCUCCGCUCUGCAGACCAUCCACGCCUACAAUCUCGCCUGUCGCACCAUGGACUACCGCCACGUCCUCAUGACCGAGCGAAACCGGUUCCGGAUCGGCAGUGUCGGCGUGAUGGACAUUCUCGAGCCGCACAGCACCAAUCAAGAUCUCCAAGCCAAGGAUCUUUAUCAGCUCGGCUCUCUGCUCGUCGUGCUCGGCUGUCGCGGCGUUCCGCCCGACAUCAAAACGCUGGCCGUGCAUUACAGCGAGAAGUUCGUGAAGGUCGUGCAGCUGCUGCUUUCCGCACAGUCGCCCGCGUCCGUCGUGUUAGAGCAGUGCACUGCGCAGAUCGUGAAGACGCUGAACAGCUCGCUCUCGACAUGCGACACGUACUACAACGAUCUCCGAAAAGAGUACGCGAACGGUCGGUAUAUGCGGCUUCUCACCAAGCUGGCGUUCGUGAAUGAGCGUCCCGACGAGAAGGGAGGGUACAGCUGGAGCGAUACGGGCGAUCGGUACAUUCUGCGGCUGUUUCGCGACUUUGUGUUUCAUCAGAAGGACGAGGAGGGAAGAGCGGUUGUGGACUUCGGCCAUGUGAUCGAUUCGCUGGCCAAGUUGGAUGUUGGCGACCCGGAAACGAUUCCGUUGUGCAGUCCGGAUGGAAAGACGGUGCUGGUGUGCUCGUAUGGAGAUGUGCGGAGAUGUCUGGAGAACGUGUAUUCGGAGCUGAUGGCGGCGAGGUUCGGAGAGAGACGCAUGAAUGCGAGUCAAUUUGUUGUGGGACAAGGGAUGUCGCCGAUGAGUAGUGGAGGAGGAAUUGGGUUUAUGCCUGGAAAGAAGGAGAGAAUGUGA